AUGCAGAAUUACGCCUCUCAAUACUCUCCCUCAAUCAAGAAAAUGGAACAUUCGCGACCCUAUGGCCGCCGUGGCCUCCAGAUGGGCAACAUCAUCGGUGACCCCUUCGCCCUCGCCACCCUCUCCGUCGGCAUGCUUGCCUGGUUCAUUUGCUUCAUCUCGUGUAUCGUCGCCCAGAUCCAGUCCGCUGGCACCCCCCAAAACGACUUCCCCAAGUUUUCCUGGUGGGCCGUCAUCUUCGCCCUCUUCCUCAACGUUGGCGUCUUCGUCGUCGUCGCUUCCGACGCCGUCCAGACCUACCAAGUCGCCCUCAGCAGCUACCUUGCCGCCGGCCUCGUCCUCGCCAGCUCCGGCGUCAACGGCCUCGUCUACUCCAACAAUGGCGCCCGCCAGGCUGCCGGCGCCGGCUUCAUCCUCCUCUCCAUGCUCGACAUUGUCUGGAUCUUUUACUUUGGCUCCGCGCCCUCCGCCACGCCCCGUGCCUUCCUCGACUCCUUUGCUCUUUCCAAGGAAUCCUCGGGCCCCAUGAACCGCCAGCCCAUGACGGCCUACGGCGGUACUGGCCGCCCCGAGACAUCCAACUCGGUCCAGCCGCCCCAGAUGUACACCUCGACCCAACUCAACGGCUUCGAAAACUCCACGCCGCUCGGCAACACCAUGACUGGCGCGCGCAACUCCAACUUUGGCGCCAGCACACCCCAGCCAGCGCAGCAGGGCCAGCAAGGUCAACAGCCCGGCCUGCCUCAGCCUGGCAAGCCCCAUGAUACCGAGGUGGUGCCUCCCACCGAGUAUCCCUACAAGGCCAAGGCCAUCUACAGCUACGAGGCCAACCCCGACGAUGCCAACGAAAUCUCCUUUAGCAAGCACGAAAUUCUCGAAGUCUCCGACGUCAGCGGCCGUUGGUGGCAAGCGCGCAAAGAAAGUGGCGAGACUGGCAUCGCCCCCAGCAACUAUCUCAUUCUGUUAUAA